AUGGAAGGUCUGAUAAAUGUUCAAUUAGAUUUACAUAAUUCAAUCAAAAAGGGCUUGUCAAACUUCAAAAAAAGUCCAAAAGAAAGAUUAACAAAAGAAUAUGUAGAAGCAAGAUUAGAAAAUUUAGAAAGAGAUUGGUUAUUGUUUAGAUCAAAUAAUACAAAAUUAUUUGAAAUAACAAAACAAGGACAAUUAGAUAGUACAACGUAUGUAAGUAAAGAAAUUUACGAAAUAACUGAGGACAAUUAUUUAGUGUAUAAAUCUUUAAUGAAAAAUGUUUUAAGUCAAUUUUUGUUAUCCGAAAAUGAAUCGAACGAUAAAAAUGUUAAUAGUGAUGAGAAGCCUAGCCCGAUUUGUAAAAGACGCCAUCAUUCACUCUUACAUCCAGAAGAAGAGAAGGCAGAUAUGGGUGCUGCUAUCAAAGAGUCAGUUGUGUGUACUAGCUCAGAAGCUAAGAACUCUGCGAUAGUCUCGUGUCUGUCGAUGCGUAAAAUAUCAGGGUACGGACAGGUUUUACUUGCUACUGCGCUAGUAAAUGCCGAGUCUAAAUCUGGUGGAAACCAAAUAGUACGAGCUCUUUUAGACCAGGGCUCUCAGGCUUGUUUCAUAACAGAAGCCGCAGCUCAACUUUUACAACUCAAAAAGAGUCCUAUCAGAGCAACAAUUACUGGCCUAGGAGAAGAUAAAGCUUUAACGGCAAAAUAUGUUGUUACUAUUAAUCUUAAGUCUCGGAUUGAUAGUAAUUAUAAAAUCCAGGUCAAAGCGUAUGUUCUAAAGAACAUAACAUCUUAUCUUCCAGAACAAAAAAUUGAAUCCAUUGACUGGAUAGGCUUACAAGAGUUAUGCCUGGCAGAUCCUAAGUUUAAUGUGUCUAACAAAAUUGAUAUGCUUUUAGGAGCGAAUGUGUUCAGCCAAAUUCUGAUGGAUGGUGUGAAAAGAAGUCCCAACGGAUCUUUAAUUGCCCAAAAUACCACUCUAGGUUGGAUCGUGUCUGGUAUAGUCAAUGAGAGCAGUGAGAUUGACAAAGAUAAUAAUAAAAUAUCGGUAAUGCAUGCACAAAUAAACGAACAUGAUAUUUUAAAACAGUUUUGGGAAUUAGAAGAACAACCAAGAAGUACAAAAAGUAUGUGGUCAGAAGAAGAGCAAAAAUGUGAAGAAAUAUUUACAAGUACAACAAAACGAACAACCGAAGGCCGCUACAUAGUGAAACUGCCAUUUCGGGACAACCAACCGCGUUGUUUGGGUGGUGGCUCGAGAAAAAUAGCUGUCACAAAAUUUAAGGCAUUAGAGAAAAGGCUAUCAAAGGAUUUAGAACUAAAAAAGAACUACACGGAGGUCAUAAAUGAGUAUUUACAAUUAGGUCAUAUGAGACGUUUAAGAAAAGAUAAUAAUAAAAUUAAUGAAGCUGUUUACUUACCCCACCAUGCAGUCGUUAGAAAGGACAAAACAACUACGAAAGUUAGAGUCGUUUUUAAUGCAUCAAGUAAAAAUAAUUAUGGUGUUUCGCUUAACGAAACUUUGAUGAUAGGACCCACACUACAGGCAGAUUUGCGUCACUUAGUAAUGCGUUGGAGAAUUGAUCCGAUUGUGCUGGUAGCUGACGUUAUUAAAAUGUAUCGGCAGGUCAGAGUAGCUGAAGACAACACAAAAUUUCAACGUAUUGUGUGGCGUGAAAACCCUGAAAGUGAAAUAGAAGAUUUUGAGCUCUUGACUGUGACUUUUGGAAUUGCAUCCGCCCCUUAUUUAGCCGUUAGAGUAUUGAACCAAAUCAGCUUGGAUGAGGGCAAGAAUUUCCCAUUGGCAGCACCAAGGGUAUUACAGGCAUUCUACAUGGAUGACCUAAUGACAGGAUGUUGCGACGUCAAGGAAGGACUGGAAGUUUAUAAGCAAAUGACGGACCUAUUGGCUAGAGGUGGAUUUAAGCUACAAAAAUGGAACAGCAACAAUGAGGAACUAUUAUCACAAAUAAGCAUAAAUGAAAAGCUAGCAGACAUGAAUGAAGAAGACACACCUAAUAAGGACAUGUUGAAGGAGUACAAACAGAGAAGGGAAAUGCAGGAAGGCAACAUACAGGACAUACAAAAUAUACUAAAACUAAAGGAAACUGAAAGCUUGAAGGACAACAAAGAAAUAGAGGUCAAAACAGAGAACACAACAAAGAUUUUAGGUAUUAGCUGGGACCGACGUGAAGAUCAUUUUCGUUAUUCAGUGAAUCUUCCGAAGACGACGACUGGACCUGAAACAAAAAGAACAAUAUUAUCAAUUAUAGCACGACUAUACGAUCCUUUAGGAUGGAUCGCGCCAAGCAUUAUUUUAGCAAAGAUGUUGAUUCAAAGGUUAUGGCUAGCAGGAACAAGUUGGGAUGAACUAAUUCCAGCUGAUUUAUUACAAGAUUGGAAUACUUACCGUAAUGAGUUACCACAACUCACUUCCGUAAGAGUCCCACGAUGGUUAGGCACUUCCACGACGGACACCAACACUGAAUUGCAUGGCUUCUGCGACGCAUCUAAAUCAGCAUAUGCAGCAGUCGUUUAUUUAAGAGUCGUUGACUGCGAUGGCAAUACGAAAGUUUCUUUAUUGACAGCAAAAACUAGAGUUGCCCCAAUAAAGCAGAUCAGUAUACCACGUCUAGAAUUAUGUGGAGCUGUAUUAUUAACACAACUUUUGACGGAGGUCGCAGAAGUUUUAAACAUUAAUAAGAGGAAUAUUAAAGCUUGGAUAGAUUCAACUGUCGUGCUCGCUUGGCUUAACAGCCAUCCCAGUAGGUGGAAGACUUUCGUGGCCAACCGAGUGUCAAAGAUUUUAACAAGCCUGAACUCUUCGCAAUGGUACCAUGUUUCGACCAAAGAAAAUCCUGCUGACUGUGCGUCACGAGGUGUCCAGCCAGAAGCACUUGCAGGCAACGCACUUUGGUUUUUCGGUCCAAAUUUUCUUCGAGAGAAAACAGAAAACAUUCCUUACAAGAGACCCAUGAAUUUAAAGAUCAAUUUAGAAGAAGCCAUCAAAUCACAUAUUAAUGUCAUUUCCGAUGAUGCAAUAUUUCAGAAGUUUUCUUCCUUACAAAGGCUGCUUAGAGUAAUAGCUUAUUGCCGACGAUUUAAUAGGAAGAAUAAGUGUACUGAGCGGAAAUCUUAUCUUACUAAAACUGAAAUAGACCAUGCACUAAUGUGUUGCAUUAAGAAAGUACAGAAGGAAGAAUUUGGUGAAGAAUAUUUACAACUUAAGGAGAAAGGUUUAUUAUCUAAAUCUAGUAAGCUCAAAUCAUUGUGUCCGUAUCUUGAUAACAAUGACAUAAUGAGAGUUAGUGGACGACUACAAAACUCUCAACUGCCAGCGCAAACAAAGUAUCCGAUAAUACUACCACAUUCUGCAUAUUUCACGAAAUUAGUUAUAUCAGAGGCACACCAGAAUACAUUACAUGGAGGAGUCCAGUUAAUGGUGAAUUACCUGAGAACCAUGUAUUGGAUUAUUGGUGUAAAAAAUUUGGCUAAACAACAUGUUCGUAGAUGUGUAACAUGUGUUAGACAAAAUGCCAAAGUACAAAACCCGUUUAUGGGUUCGCUCCCUGCCGUUCGCUGUACACCCGCUCGAGCAUUCUUACACAGUGGAGUGGAUUAUGCUGGCCCCAUAAACAUUAGGACAACUAAAGGACGAGGUCACCAUUCUCAUAAAGGCUACAUAUGCUUAUUCAUAUGUAUGUCCACUCGUGCAAUACAUCUGGAAGCGGUAAAUGACAUGAGCACCCAGGCCUUCCUAGCAGCGUUCAGACGUUUCGUAGCAAGACGUGGACACUGCACACAAAUAUGGAGUGAUAAUGGGACUACGUUUGUAGGCGCUUCAAGAGAACUAGAGCAACUGAAGACCAACAAGGAAGGUCUUGCUACAUACUUAGAAUCGCAUGGGACUGAGUGGCAUUUCAUUCCGCCACACGCCCCCAACUUUGGUGGACUGUGGGAAGCUGGAGUCAAGUCGACAAAGUUACACUUGAAACGCGUAAUAGGUGAAUCCACACUUACGUUCGAGGAAAUGAGCACACUUCUCAGUCAAAUUGAAGCAUGUUUAAAUUCUAGGCCCAUUACAGUAGACAGCUCAGAUCCCAGUGACCCACUUCCUUUAACACCAGGGCACUUUCUAAUUGGGGGACCGCUAAUAGCUGUACCCGAAUUCAAUGAUUAUUUAGAAUCAAAUAUCAGUUCAUUAAAAAGGUGGCAAUUCAUUCAACAAAUGUUACAGCACUUUUGGCGGCGCUGGUCUCAAGAGUACUUAUCUAACCUUAUGAAUAGAUACAAAUGGAGCUCUCGGGAACCAGAACCGAACAUUGGUGAUGUAGUCUUAGUAAAAGAAGACAACUUACCGCCAAGUCGUUGGUUAAUGGGCAGAAUAGUUGAAAAGCAUCCCGGGAUCGAUAAUGUUACCCGUGUGGUCACAAUACGUACUAAGUCAUCUUUUAUCAAGCGACCAACUUCAAAACUAUGUGUCUUACCAGUAAGAGAUUAA